AUGUUGGUUCUCACUGAACUGUCUGAUUUUCCAACUCUUCGGCUUCCUCUGUUCCUGGUAUUUCUUCUGAUCUACCUUUUAACUCUAACUUCGAACCUUUUGAUCCUUCUACUAAUCUUUGCUGAUUCCCAUCUCAACACCCCCAUGUACUUCUUCCUUGGAACCCUGGCAUGUCUGGAUAUAAGUUACUCCUCAGUCACUGUCCCAAGAAUGCUCUUUGAUUUACUCACACAAAAAAGGGUAAUUUCAGUGAGAGCUUGUAUAACUCAGUUCUAUUUUUUUCUCUUUUUUGCUGUAUCAGAAAUGUCUGUACUGUCAGUGAUGUCCUAUGACAGAUACAUUGCUAUUUGCCGCCCUCUUCACUACAUGCAGAUAAUGAACAGGAACUUUUGUGUUCAACUUGUAUCAGGUGUGUUGGUUUUUGGUGCAGUACAUUCCUUGCUGCACAAUCUUUUUUUAGCUAAACUAAUAUUUUGCAGGUCAAUUACUUUGCAAAGUUUCUUUUGUGACCUGCCCCAGUUGCUUCGGGUCUCCUGUAGUGACACAUUAAUCAAUGUAUUGCUUAUAUUUCUCGCUGCAAUAUUGUUCGGUGGUGUCAUUUUUGGGGUCACCUUUUAUCCCUAUAUCACUAUUAUUAGAACUGUUCUAAAAAUACCAUCAAAAAACAUGAGAUCCAAGGCUUUCUCCACCUGCUCCUCUCAUCUAACGGUGGUCCUUAUAUUUUACAGUACAAGUUUAUUUAACUACUUUCGCUCAAAUGCAAGUGACCAACAAACUGAGGACAAAAUAACGUCUGUAUUUUAUGCAGUAUUAACCCCCUUUUUAAAUCCUUUGAUCUAUAGUCUCAGGAACCAGGAACUCAAAAUAUCCAUAAGAAAAUUGUUACAGAGGAUGUAA